UUCAUAUAUCAUGUAUUGAACCUAAAGUCGGCACACGCCUGAUAGCAAACCACGCUAACCCGGCUAUAGAACCCCGCCCAUUCCGUUACAGCUACUAGCAAAAUAACUAGCCGUUAGCUUUCCACUGUGUUUGGCGUUGGAAGGUCCAUCUUCUACUUCUCCUGAUUAUUAAACUUUAACGCUGUCCGGACACUUUUUAAAACUUAAGGACCUGAGCUUAUAUCCGGGAUGUGCUCGGUCGUCGGCUGUGAUUCAGGGCGUCGCGGUGCGCAAAGGUUCAAGUUACCGGAGGAUCCGGAGAGGAGACUGGAGUGGGUCCAGUUCCUCUUCGAAGUCAACGGGCAGCGACUCAAAGAAACGUGCUGGACUGAUAUCACAAUUUGUAGUGAGCACUUUACUGAUGACUGUUUUGUAAACCCGAGUCUGAUUGGCACGGUCCAGCUAAAGUCCAGUGUUGUCCCAUCACUGUGUAUCAAGUCAGAGCCUCUGGAGAGCCCACAACAUGUGGAGCCUGUGGGACAUUGUUCAACUUCCUCCUCUGAAAAAUCUAAACACACUUUAACAGGUUCCCCAGUAAGUCCUGGUUCAAGUGGAGUUUCAAACGGCAUGACCUCUGGAUCUGACCAGAUGCAACCAAAAGACAUGACUAUUGAUUUGAACAAGGAAAAAGCUGCGCUUCUACAGAUGAAAGGGAAGUUGGUUGUGAAUGAAAGCUGCCUCCUCCAGUUGUUCCGUCGCAACUGCCCGUCAUGUGGUUGUAAACUUCAGACAGAGAAGGUCACCUAUGGGGUCCUCAUUGUUUUGAACCAAUGGUGUCUUCAGUGUGAGUACAGAUUCCAGUGGAAAAGCCAAGUCAAUGCCAGCGUCCCAAGAGCUGAACACCUGACAGGAGGCACAGAAGUGACUCCAGAGACCCAAGAGGACAUUCCAACAGAUGACCGCAUCAGCAGUACAGUUUUCUCGGAGAUUAUUACUUUCAGUGAUGAAGAAAGCGAUCCCUCAGAUGAAGGAGAGGAGGGUGAUGAAGGUGAGGUGAGUUCGGAUGGGGAAUGGAAUCCAACUGAGGAUUUUGUGUUGGCUGAAGAGCUCACAAAAGAGUCUGAGGAGGAAAGCGAAGAUGAAGGCGAAGAGGAAGAAGAUUUGGAUUCCACGGGUGGCCUCAAAAUUAAUGAGCUCUGCACAGAGUGUGGAAGUUUUUUCAGUAUUCUGAAGCCUCACACGUGUGUGCACAAAAGAAAGCCCUUUUCCUGCAAUAUCUGUGGCAAAAGAUGCGUUACCGAGAUAUCUCUAAAAACUCAUAGCAAAAUCCAUGACGAAACCUAUGAACAUCCUUGCAAGUACUGCCACGUUACCUUCAAAACAAGGGUGGACAAACUUAAACACGAGCAGACCCAUCAAGAUAGAAAAGAUCCAUACAAAUGUCCUGACUGUCCAGAGACGUUUGCCACCAGUAAAGAACGCAGCAUCCACCUGACAAAUCACAGAGUCCGGAGAGAGUUCAAAUGUGGAGUUUGUGGGAUUGAAUUUAAGGAUGUGCAUCAUCUUCGGAGACACUCUGUUGUGCAUACUGGAUUGAAACCCUACAAAUGUUCGGUGUGCCAACGUGGCUUCAGCCAGACCAGCCACCUGAAAUCCCAUAUGCGUCUGCACACAGGUGAGAGGCCUUAUAAGUGUCAGCUUUGUGACAAAAGCUUUAAUCACAACGUGAGCUUGAAGAGUCACGUCCAGCGGUACCACUCAUUGAGCUCUGGACGUGAACAGAAGAAAGGAAAGGGAAAGGAAAGGGAAAGCGACACUAGUGAUGCUCAGGAUAGUGAGAAUAAGAAAGACACAUACUCUGAGUCUGACAAUGUAGAAGAACAACAACACACAGAAGAGGAGGUGCAGAAAAAGGGAACAGAAAUGCCAAAAAGUAAGAGAAAGAGGAGCACAGGUAGACCCAGAGGAAGGCCAAAGAGAAAUGCAGCCGGCAGCUUGGUACUCGCAGGGCAAAAAAAGGUCCAGCGUUCAUACAUUAAACCUGCAAAAUCAAAGGCACAGAAGUUAAAGAAAACCGGUUCCAGCAACGAAGAAAGUGAGGACGAGCCAUCAGACAGUGACAUGUCCCUUGACGCCACGGAAGAGGAAGAAGAAGAGAAGGAGACAGUGAGGAAGAGCACGGGGAGAUCAAGAGGAAGACCAAAAAUUGACAAUGACACUGAUUUUGACCCAGAGGAAGAAACAAAGAAAAAGAGGUACAGCAGCCAGAGCAGUGGUAAGAGCUUGGGGAAACGUAGGGGCACAGCGAAGAAGAAUGUUGACUAGCUUAACAAUUAAUUUAGUGUGAGCAAUUGUGAAAAGAAAGAAGCCAAUGAGAUUGGAGGGCUAUAGAGAACUAACUGGGUUAGGAUGUCUUGAUUAGAUAUAUUAAAACAAUUCAGAAUACGAGAAACAAAAUAUCCACAUAAGCCAGCGCCUCUCUGAAUUAAAUCAUCUUUUUAAAUCAACACUUUUAAAUCUGUUGACUGGUGUGUAGACCAUGGAGUUAAAUUGGGAACAUUAAUUAACCAGGGCUGACGUUAAAUCUUUGACACAAUAGACACAAUUUAGCUUGAUAAAUGGUCUUCUGCCUGUCACCAAUGAGACCAACCCUAUCAGAUGAUUUGAUAUCAGUAAUUAUAAAUGAACGUGCAGUAAUGGAGGUCAAUGCAAAUUACCUUUGGAAAAUUUGGGUCACCAAAUGCAGGAAAAAAGGGCUUUACUGUUCAGAAAAUGUGUACCCUAUUCAUGUAUUGUAAUAAUAAUGUCGGCUUCAAGCUAAAAAAAUACCUUUAUGCUCUGAAAUGAAGUCAGGCACUAUGGCACUUUCAAUUUCUUAUUCACUAUAAAGCUGCACAAUUAUGAAUCUUCAGUGAUUUAUCAGUCUGUAGAGAGCUCUAGAAGUGUUCAGAUAGCAAUUCAUUGUUAGGUGUUUUGAUUUUUUUAUGAAUCAGUAAUACACAAUUACACAGAAGACCUGUUAAACUAAUAAAUCAGUCUCAAUCAA